CUUAGUCAUGACCCCCACAGUUGUGAUCCUUUCCCCAUCCCCCAUGCUGUGUCCCCCUCCCCCAAUCAGGACUAAGAUAACCUAGUGCUGCAGGGAAAAAAUGGGAGGGAGGGAAAUAGGGGGUGUCCAGAGAAGGGAGUAUGAGGGUGCAGUGGGAGGCUUUUAACUCAGAUCUGUUUACCCCUUCUCCUGCCCCCUCAAAAACUGUAUUCUCCAACUGUGACUCCCUCUGGCCAUCUCCCAGGCUCCCCCCCCCACAGCUCCCCAGAACCCACACCAUCAAUCUCCCGCUACCCCCAUUUCCUCUAGCUACCCCCACUUUUUCUCUAUCCCUUCCAUUUAGCCCCCUCUCCCUACUUCCACUUAUGUAGCACCUCCCCCAUCGACCCCCUCCCCAGUGCAUAGCCCCCCUCGCUCCCAGGACCCCAGACGUGCCUGGGCUAAAGCGCCCACCCUGGUGGGUGGCAUCUCCAGGCACGACCCCAUUUACCGCUGCCCUGCCCCCACCGCUGCCCCCUGGCUGGGGGGGGCGGACUCGCGCCUUUCUCUGCUUCUCCUUUCCUCUGCUUCUGCUUCUGGUUUCGUCUCCGCGCAAACUUCCUGCGCGGGGCGAGCCCGGCCCAGCCCGGCCCGGCGCGCCCCCCCGGCGCCCCGAGUCCUAGGGAGGGGCGUGCAGGAUCCAGGAAGCGCAGCCACGGCCGGCCGACAGGCGCUGGCAGCCUGGCACGGGUCCCUUGUUCGCUCUCGCCGGAGUUUUCCCUUCUCCGCUGCCUGUCGGGCUCGGGCACCGGAACCGAGUUGGAACUGAUCUGCCCGGCGUCUGGCCCGGGGGCAGAGAGCGGGGCCGCAGAGACCCGGGGCGUUGGGGUCCGGCACGAGGGGCAUCGCGGGGCAUCGGCCGGUGCUGCGGGGGCAGCCGUAACCUGUGGGGCGACUGUCUCGGGUCGGACGAGGGCUGCUCCGCGUGACCCGCCACGAGCCGCGAUGAGUUCCGCGUGGAAGAGACUCCAGCGCGUGGGCAAACGCGCCGCCAAGUUCCACUUCGUGGCCUGUUACCAGGAGCUGAUGGUGGAGUGCACCAAGAAAUGGCAGCCAGACAAGCUUAUUGUGGUUUGGACCAGGAGGAACCGACGCGUCUGCUCCAAGGCACACAGCUGGCAGCCAGGGAUCAAGAAUCCGUACCGGGGGAUGGUCGUUUGGAUGGUGCCAGAGAAUGUGGAUAUAAUGGUGACGCUAUACCGGGACCCCCAUGUGGAUGAGUAUGAAGAUAAGGAAUGGACCUUUGUGAUUGAGAAUGAGUCCAAGGGACACCGGAAGGUGCUAGCCUCGGCCGAUGUUAACCUUCAGCGCUUUGCCCGCCCCACGCCUGCCCAGGCUGAGCUCAAGUUGAAGCUGAAGCCACGCUCUGUUAAGGUGGUGUCUGCCACGCUGCAGCUCACGCUGUCCUGCGUCUUCCUGCGUGAGGGCAAAGCCACAGACGAGGACAUGCAGAGCCUGGCCAGCCUCAUGAGCGUCAAACCCAGCGACGUCGGCAACCUGGAUGACUUCGCUGACAGCGAUGAAGAUGACGAGACGGCCAGGAGGGGGCAGCAGGAGGACAAGAGUGGCCAAGGCACAGGGCCAACAGGUUUCAUUCAGACCAUAUUGCUGGGCUAUUUCACAGACACAUCGCGAGAGCUCAACACACUUGCUGAAGAGGAGGAGAAUCCCUCGGCCCCGGGGACCAGCAGGGCAGCAGCUGGGAGAGCAAAUCCUCAUGGAGUGCCCCUGGAGGCAGGCUCUGCCAAGGGGGAAGCCGUCCGAGUGGCUGACGUCCCAGAUGCCCCCCAGCAGGAAGUCCCCGGCCCUAUCCCGGAGUUGGUCCUGCAGGGAGCAGCACCCUCCCCUCCACCAGUGCUGAUGGGCACCCUUCCAGUAAGUGGUGCAGGCAGGGCCGGGAGGGCUGGGCAGAGCAUGGCAGCAGGUGGGAACCUGAUGGGAACUGCAGGGGCUCUGGAACCAGGCGAUAAGGGGGAGACGGGGACCCAAGCCCUGGAUCAGGCCCACAAGCCAGGCACAGGCCCCUCGCAGGAGAUGGGACAACGUGGUGGCAACCCUGGGGCUGAAGAGGAGGAGAAAGCAGUUGCCUCGAUGGAGCGGCCGGCAUCAGGGAGUGAUACCAAGGGCAGGCCCAGUGACAUCUGGAUGCCCCGGAUGGAGAGCCCUGUCCCUGCCCCACGGCGUAAGAAAUCCCUUCUGCCGGAACCCGCUGCACCCACGGCCCCACCUCCUGAGGUACCCUCCAUCCAGAGACCCGGAUGGGAAGGCACCAAGCCACCUUCCUCCCAGCUCAAACUGGGGGCAUCAGAGUCAGUGCAGGACCCUCGACCCACAGCCUCUCUGCCUGCACCAACAGUGCCUGCCAGGGCUCGGCUAGCCCGGCCCCGGUCAGCAGAACUGGCAGCCCAGCCAAAGCCACUGCCUCGGCCCCAGAGGGACAGGCGGGCCCGUUCGGUGUCUCCAGGCAUCUCUGUAGUGAUGUAUCUCAAUGAGGACGCACCAGGACCUGCCAUUAUUGCUGGGGAAGGCACCAGCCUGGCAAGGAGAGGCCUAGGAGCAGAUGUGCCCUCGGCUGCUGCGCUGCUGGCUGUGGCAGCUCUGGUGGGGUUUCCUCCAGGGCCAUGGAGCAGGAAGGGAGAGGAGGUGGCAGCAGAUGUGACUAGCCGGCCAAGCGUCGGGAGUGCUGUUGCUUAUGCAGUGGUGCCCCCAAAGGAAGAAUGGGGCAGGGCAGCAGGAGAGGGUCCCAGGUUGGCGCCCCAUCUGGAGGGGCUAAUUACAAAUGGGGCAGGUGGGAAGGAUGCUGCUGUGCAAGGAGGGGCUGGAGAUGCCUCCUCUCAGGUGGUCCCCCCCAAGCCAUGGAGGUGUCGGCCGGAGGAUGUGGUGGAAGAGGGUGCCAGGGGGGCAUCUGGAGGGGUGACAAAAUCAGGCACCCUGGGUGCGAUCCCUGGCCAGCUGGAGAUCGGUAGCUUGGAGCAGGCCGCAGAAUGGAAGAAUUGCAGAGCAGACAGGCGGGUGCAGAGCGUAGAAGUUGUGCCUUCGCUGGAGGGGCACAGAACAGAGCUGGCGGCCAAGGAGGAUUCUGGGCAAGGAGGCUGGCCAAGCCCAGUGGCAGAGCCAGCUCCUGGAGCAAUGCCUCCCAAGCUGGAGCAGCGCAAAGCAGUGGGAGAGCGUCCCAGGGCAGCAUCCCAGCCAGAGAGGUCAGGAGCGGAAAGGGCAGCUGGGAAGGAUUCCGCAAGGACUGUUGCGCAUGGUGGGGCAGGUGAUGCCCCCUCGCAGAUGGCCCCCCCCAAGCCAUGGAGGUAUCGGUCAGAGGAAGUGGUGGGCCAGGGGGCUGGGGAGGUGUGCAGCAGUGUGAUGGAGGCAGGAGCGAGAGAUGGACUGUGGGGGGCAAUCCCAGCCCGAAUGGAGGGGGCCAGAGCAAAGGCAUCUAGAAGUUCCUGUGGAAGUGCACUGCAGCCAGGAGCAGUGGCCACCCUGUCUCUGGAGGCCCCUGCCCAGCUGGAGGGCACCGCGGAGAGCCCAGGAACACAUGGCAGAAUUCCAAGGGGUGCCACCCCCUGCACAGUUGAAGACCAGCUGGAGAGGGCUGGACCAGAGGAGGCAGCGGGUUCCAGGGAGUGCAGUGAGGCGGUGGGCUCCCUGCCCAGCAAAGAAGAUGCCAGCGGGGCAGGGCCCCCCCUGGAGAAAUCGCACUCAGAGUUCUGCACAGACCAGCUGGCUGGGCAUGCUGCCCCAGGAAGGAGCAGAAGACGGGCUGCAGCCCUCACUACGACAUCCCCCCAGGACGUGCCCAUUCCGGGCCCCCCAGCCCCCUCCGCUGAGCCCUACGUCUCACAGUGCCACCUUACCCUGAGCCUCCCGCCCACCUGCUCUGCCCGGGAGAGGAGUGCUGGCCCGUCAUCCAACGAGGGGACCCAGGCGUCCGGGCGGGAGCCAUCUACCCCGCCCUGCGGUGCUGCCCGGGAUAGCGUAGGGCAGGGGACGGCCCAGGAGGAGCCCCAAGCUUCUAGUCCAGGCCUGGUCAGUUGCAGCCAGUCGCUACUGGAAUGGUGCCAGAAUGUCACAGCUGGCUACCGGGGUGUCCGGGUCACCAACUUCACCACCUCCUGGCGCAAUGGGCUGGCAUUCUGCGCCAUGCUGCACCACUUUCACCCAGAGAAAAUCAAUUAUGAGAGCCUGGACCCUCUCGCUAUCAAACAGAACAACAAGCUGGCUUACGAUGGCUUUGCCUCCCUGGGUAUCUCACGAGUGCUGGAGCCAGCUGACAUGGUAUUCUUGACAGUGCCUGACAAACUCAUUGUCAUGACAUACCUGUGCCAGAUCCGGGCCUUCUUCACAGGCCAGGAGUUGAAUGUGGUGCAGAUCGCCAACCACAGCAGCGAGAGCACCUACAAGGUGGGCAAGUUUGACUCGGACCCUGCCUUCUCCAUUGACCCUGCCCGCUUCUAUGCCGAGCGCUUCCAGGGUGCUGCCAGAGGGGUUGAGGAGCCUGGGAGCACUACCCUUGCUGCAAGGGAUGAUGGGAAGGCAGGGGCCAAUAAAGCUAUGACAGGAGGAGCUGAAUUGACCAAGAAAUUGGAGGCAGAAUUUUCUGCCUCAAAAGAUGCUGGGACUGAUGUCAAGACAGCAGAGGCAAAGGAUGCUGGGAAAGUGACCGUAAAUAGUGCCAUAUCCCAAACAGCUGUGAAAUCAGAGGUGGAACCAUCAGUCCCAAAGGAUUCUAGGAAAGUGCCAAUCAAUGGUGCUACAGCCGAGCCAACCAUGAGACCAGAGGCAGAGCCACCCACCCCAAAGGAUGGGGAGAGCGAAGCUGCAAAGGAUACUGCAAAAGCAUUGGUCAAUGGUGCCCUGUCCAAGCCAGCCAAGAAACCAGAGGCAGAGCCCCUGGCCCCAGAGGAUGCUGAGAAAGUGCCAGCCAAUGAGGACGAGAAGCUCGUGCCCCCUCCACGGCUGAAGCGUCUGUCUGUGCGGAAUGGGGAGGCGCCAGCCCAGGCCGAGCGAUCCUUGCAACGCUCACUGUCCACAGGCAGCCAGGGCCCUGUGGCCCCACCACGUUCCCAUGGCAGUAAGUCAGGCUUCUCCCACGUGCGUGAUGCAGAUCUGCUCAAGAAGCGGCGCUCGCGGCUCAAGAGUGAGUCACUGUCGAUGGACGAGGGAGAGUCGGGCAGCCCCCCAAGGGAGACACCACGAAGGAGGGCUGACUGGCUUGGAGCGGAUGACCGUGAAGACAUGAUGACGUCCAAGGUGGGACCCCCUGCUUCUGCCAGGACUCAGCAUGCCCCAGAGACAGCCCUCUCCCCUGGUGCUACCCCCCAGGAGCCAUCCCGGGACCCCAGCAAGGAGAGCAGCACUGCAGAUGAGGAGAUUCCGCGGUUCCAGGACACCAGCCAGUAUGUGGUGGCCGAGCUGCAGGCCUUGGAGAAUGAGCAGAAGCAGAUUGAUGCCCGGGCAGCGGUGGUGGAGAAGGAUCUGCGCUUCUUCAUGGAGUCAGGCACAAAUCGGGCCCAGGAGGAGGAGCUGAUCCAGGAGUGGUUCACACUGGUCAAUAAGAAGAAUGCACUGAUCCGGCGCCAGGACCAGCUGCAGCUGCUGAUGGAGGAGCAGGACCUGGAAAGACGAUUUGAGCUACUGAGCCGGGAGUUGAGAGCCAUGCUGGCUAUUGAAGACUGGCUCAAGACAGAAGCCCAGCAGAGGCGGGAGCAGCUCCUACUGGAGGAACUGGUGUCAUUGGUGAACCAGCGGGAUGAACUGGUGCGAGACCUGGACAUCAAGGAGAGAAUAGCCCUAGAGGAAGAUGCCCGGCUGGAGCGGGGUCUGGAACUGCGGCGGCGCAAAUACAGUCGCAAGGAGAAGUGCUGUAUCAGCUAAGAGCCCCUGCCGUCCCGAUGGCUGGGACAUUGCCCUUUGCCUCUUAAAGGGCUCAAAGAAAGGUUUGCCUGCUGCUGCUGUUACCUCAGUGCCUCACUGUGCUGCCCCUUCCUUCCCACCCUUCUCCAAUGACUGUCAAGGGCAGUACAGGGAGCCUGACUGUCCCCUAUGGCAGAGGGGAACAAUCUGUGGGGGCUAUUUAUUUCUGUGAGAGAAAGACUGUUUCCCACCCUAUCAACUGCCAUUUCAAAGUUGUUGGGUUUUUUUAUCAUGGUACAAAAAGUUGAUGUGGGUUUAGGGAGGCCAGAGAACAGAAGUGCCUUGAAUAAUAAGAAGUUUCAAUUCCUUGCUCCCUGGAUAUUUGCACUAAUUUGUAACUGUUUGAAUAAAGUGAUGUGGAAGUCACAAUA